AUGAAUGAUACAAAAAUAAGUGUAAAUACAAAUGAUAAUAUAGAUCAUAAUAAUAAAAAAAUAAUAAAGACAAAUGAAAUAAUACUUAAUAGUGUUGAAGGAACAUCAUCUACAACAACCAUUGUAAGUGGAGAUUCAAAUGUCUCAUCAUAUGGGUAUAAUAUUUUAACUGAAAAUAAGAGAGAACUAGAAAAAUUGUCUGGAGAGAGUAAAAAUAAUAAUGAGGAGACAACAUUAUCUCCCAAACAACAAAGGCAACUUCGUCGUCUCUCCAAAGCUUUUGGAUUAAAAACAUCUCGUAUUUCUAUUGUCUCUCCUGAUGGUAUCCGUAGAAUGGUCCACCCAAAAUAUAUUAAUUAUGAAAAUAUGAAAAGAAUAAUUUAA